CACUGGACGUCUCUCCAUUCCGAGAAAUAUAAAAGAAAAGUGUACUGAUAAUAUAUUCCGUACUCUAUAGAAAUAGAUGUUUAUAUUUCUAUCAUAUUCUCUGAACAAAAGAUCGUGUAGAGUGUAGAUACACCUCAGAAUGCUCAAAAACACAGUUUUCUUUUUAAUAUGAGACAUCUCAGAGCAGUGAGCAUCUUGUCAUUCGGGAAAAUUAUAAAAGAAAUACAAUGCAAAAUAAGUAGUUGAACAAGAUGAUGCAUUCCUGAGAUAUCGUUUGUUUCUACUAACUUUAAAUAUUUCAACGGUACUAGAUAUUGCCCUCAAGUUUAUUAUUUGAUAUGUUUCUUUAACUAUGACCGUAUGUGUUACUCUUUAUCAUCAAAUGUUUUUUAUUUAUUUCCAGGAAAAGAGAUUGUAUGUGCAUUAAAUCGUCUAGUAGUUCAUAAAUUAUUUUCAUUAAUAAAUUGUUCCUAUUUGGAAUUAGAUGGACGAAUUCGUGCAUUACGACAAAUUCGAAGUUUAGGAGAACAAAUAAUUGAUGAUUUGUUAUUAAAUCAUCAAAAUCCACAACAAAUAACAGCUACACUCUGGUCAGCCGUGAGAGCGAGAGGAUGUCAGUUUCUUGGACCAGCUAUGCAAGAAGAAGUAUUGAAAUUAAUAUUAUUAGCGUUAAUGGAUGGUUCUGCUCUAUCGCGAAAAGUUUUAGUUUUAUUUGUUGUUCAAAAAUUAGCACCACAAUAUCCAAGAGCAUCGAAAACAAGUGUUGGACAUGUUGUACAAUUAUUAUAUCGUGCAUCAUGUUUUAAAGUUCAAAAACGUGAAGAUGAAUCAUCGUUAAUGCAAUUAAAAAUACAAUAUCGUACCUAUGAAAAAUUACGAAGUGAACAUGAUGCACAAAUCAUUGCCAUUGCACAAGAACAAGGUCUACAUAUUUCACCUGAACAAUGGUCAUCCUUAUUGUAUGGUGAUACACAACAUAAACAACAAUUAGAAUCAAUUAUUGAAAAAAUGAUUACAUCCGAUUCAUUUGAUAAAUCUAUUAAAGAAUUUCAAAUGGUUAUAGCACGAAAUGGUGAUCCACAUUAUUUACAACGACUAAUACCUGAUUUUGAAUUUCUUGAGAAAAUUUCAUAUGAAUCAGAGUUAACAUCGACAUCACCCAUACGACAUUUUGACUCGAUGUCACCAAUAUUAGGUAGUAACGGUACAAUGGUUAAAAGUCGAGAAUUAAAUACAUCCUGGCAAUUUUUAUGUCAAGCAUUGAAUUCAUCAAAAUCAAUUUUACAAGCAUUAAUCGAUUAUAAUGAUUCAUCAAAACAGCAAAAUCAUCAACAACAAUCAUCAUCGUCAUCAUUAGCCACAUCUCCACUUGGUGGAUGUGGUAGUGAUUCAUUAUAUGGCACGGAUCCCUCAAGUUCAAGUGGUAUAUCAUCGUCAACGUCUGUUUCUAAAUAUAAAAUAUCGAUGUGUCGUGAUUUCACUCAAAAAGGUUCAUGUCCAAGAAGUUUACGUUGCACAUUUGCACAUUCAAAACAAGAAAUAGACAAAUUUCGUACAAGAAAUCGACGUGCCUGUCUUCAAUUACAACCAUCAUCACCGACUUCAAUAACAGGACAACAAUCAAUUCCUUCUCCUACACCAGUACAACAAUAUCAAUCAUUGCUAUCCUCUUCUCUAGCAUUAACAACAACAACAAAUCCAUUAAACGGUUUAAUACCCUCUUGGCUUCCCACACUUCCAAUUCAUUCUUCUCAAACAGACAAUUUUCUUACACAGCAACAACAUUACCAUCACCAUCAUUAUCAUCAUUUACAACAAAUACCUGUCUCACAAACAUUACAAGCACCACCAAUGAUUCUUCCUACCGUAACAUCGAGUACUCAAAUUGUUGCCGAAGCUGCACAAGAGUUAAUUAAUCGAGCCCAAGUACAAGCCUACUAUCAACAUCAACCAAUAACACAACAACGCAAUCCACAUCUUGUCACAGUGCAAAUGUCACCAUCAUCACAUCAACAACAAUCUAUGAUGCCUCUGACUACUCCCAUUUAUCAUCAGCAGCAACACCAUCAACCAUCUCAUAUCUAUCAUUCACCACGUGAAUGUCAAUCAACUGCUCCACUCUUACAGCAACCACAAUCCAUCACUCGUCCAUCUGUUUAUCAAACGCUUCAUUCUGUUCCUCCAUCAAUGAUUGAUAGUAGCAAUCAACAACGAAAUAAUUUUAUACAUCAACUAAAAAAUACAAAUUUUGAACUACAGCAAAAUUAUACAAAUCAUUCAUUGACACUCGAUUCAACAUGCAAUAAAUCAAAAAUUCAUGAAGAUGGGUACAUUGAUUUAGUUAACAAAAUGAUUGGCAUGAACGCUGCUUUUAUUCCAACCGGUGAUAAAAAUUGUUCACAACAAGUAAAUUUCGGUCAUUUAUUUUCGACAAACUCUACCGAUGGUUUUUAUUCUCCCAUGUCUCAUAUUCAACAACAACAACCACGUCUGACACCUGCAUCACAAAAUUUUAGAAAUGAUCAACAGUCAUUUUUCACUAGCGAUAAUUAUAGAAAUAAUAAUAAUCAUCAGACAAUUCAGACAACGGAAUUAGGUAAUUAUUGUCUUGCAUCAGUCGGUUCAUCAUCUUUAUUACAGUCGGAUAGUCGAAGUAUAUCUGUAUUAUCCACUAUUGGUAAAAAUGAAGAGAACUUAUCAUUUUCCACGAAAAAUUCAUCAUUACCGUCAUUAAUUGAAAUUGAAACAAAUCUGAAUGUUGAUGUUGAUCGUACAUCAUUUGUUAACAAUGAAAAUUCAAAAGAUUUAAUCAAUUUAGAUAUGGUCGCUUCUAUCGAAGCAAGUCUCUUAGCAAAUAACCGUCACUCUCAUAAUGGUAAAAAUGGCUUAUCACAAUCAAAUACAAGUUUACAAAAUUUUGACGAAGAAGAACCAUGUUGGAACGGUCAUAAUAACAAAGAUAACAAUCAUAAUCAAUAUCCACCGUUAUUUUUACAACAAACAGUACCAAGUACUACUACCUCUCAAUGUGGUAAUCGUUUCUCUUAUUUUGGUGAUAUAUCGACAACAGGAUCCUAUUUUUACCAUCAUUCUGAUACACCGCCACCAUCGGCAUCAUUUGGUAUCACACUCGGAGCUCAUUAG